ACUAUUGUCGUGCAAGGAUUAGUGACUACCAUCGUGCAUGGGUUUUGUCGAUGGAUUUUUACAUCAGAAGAGACUCGUUUUGCGGUAAGAGAGCAUCUAUUUGACGUGAAAAAUAACAAAUUGUCGUGAUUUUGUUCGACAUUUGUCGUGACAAUUUGCCAGCUGGUGGGCCCAGUGGUUUUGUUUCAAAUUGGCGGUAAUAGAUCAUAAGAUUACCGGCGUUCUUUUGUAACAACGACAGUGUGCGAUCAUCAUUUGCCUGGGACUUUUUUUUUAUUUUUCGUCAACCCUUUUCACACAACAAUCGCUCACAAGAUCAAGUUUUUUAAAAUUUAAGUAAAUAUUAAUUCUGAUUAAUUUAAAACGUCAGGCUGUGCCGACGCCACUCUAAUUUAUUACGGAUGCUCAAUACAGUCAUCUAAGCGUCAUCGUAUAAAAUUCAAUCGUCAACGAUAAUUAAAUCUUUGGAGAAUAAAAUUGGACAGAAGAGGGAGACAUCAUCAUAUAUACAGACACAUAUUAAAUAUAUACAUACCUAUACAUAUACACAUAUAUACAAAUACAUAUAUUUUAGAAACGAGGAAGGAAGGAACGAGCGAAAGAGAGGGUGAGGAAACUAACGAGGAAGGACAAUAAUCGCGGCGUCGGUGGCUGCUGCGACAACGACAUCAAGACAAUACAAUAAUCAUAAGUAUAGAUUCAGUAUAAUAAUAAUAAUAGUUUUAUCCGACACAAGGGACAUCUUUUAUUUGUUUGAUCAUCGGUCCUAAUAAUAAUAAUCGUCAUAAAAACAACAACAACAACAAGAGCUAGCCAUGAAGCUCGUCGACCACGUGGUGAGGAGCUUCAAAGUUGCCAAGAUAUUUCGUGAGAAUUCGGACCGUAUAAACAGCAUCGAUUUUUCCCAGAGUGGUGACACACUGAUAUCAUGCUCGGAAGACGACCAAAUAGUGAUUUACGACUGCGAAAAAGGUACGCAAAUGCGCACAGUUAAUUCGAAAAAAUAUGGAGUCGAUCUUAUCCACUUUACUCACGCCAAGAACACUGCGAUACACAGUAGCACCAAGGUCGAUGACACAAUCCGCUACCUCAGUCUACACGACAAUAAAUACAUAAGAUAUUUUCCCGGUCACACCAAGAAAGUCGUGUCACUGUGCAUAAGCCCCGUCGAGGACACCUUUCUCUCGGGUUCGCUCGACAAGACACUGAGACUUUGGGACCUGAGGUCGCCCAACUGUCAUGGAGUGAUGAAUGUCUCCGGCCGACCAGUAGCUGCCUAUGAUCCCGAGGGUCUCAUCUUUGCCGCGGGUGUUAACUCUGAGUGUAUAAAACUCUACGAUCUUCGUAGUUUUGACAAGGGGCCUUUCGUCACCUUCAAACUGACCCAGGAAAAAGAGUGCGACUGGACAGGCUUGAAGUUCAGCCGGGACGGCAAAACUAUUUUGAUUUCAACAAACGGCAGCAUCAUCCGUCUGAUCGACGCAUUUCACGGUACACCUCUGCAGACAUUCGCGGGUUACCUCAACAACAAAGGAAUCGCCAUCGAGGCGAGCUUCAGUCCGGACUCACAGUUUGUCUUCAGCGGAUCAACAGACGGUCGAGUCCACGUGUGGAAUGCUGACACUGGUUACAAGGUCUGCGUAUUGAAUGGUGAUCACCCAGCCCCCGUUCAGUGCAUUCAAUUUAAUCCAAAGUACAUGAUGCUCGCGUCUGCAUGCACCAACAUGGCAUUCUGGUUGCCAACUGUCGAAGACACUGCGUAAGAGUUUUCAUCUUUUUUUUUUUUUUUUUUUUUUUUUAAAUAAUAACUGUUAUUAUUUUUUAUUUUAUAAAUACACGAGUACAACACGAUCUCAUCGGUACAUCAAGUGCGAAUAAUUAUUGUGAAUAAUUAAGGAUUUAAAUUUAUUGACAAUUACUGUUUAUCUAACAGCUACAAUAUGCAUUUUUUUUACAAAUAUGUUAUUAUUUGUUUUUCUUUAUCGUCAUCUGAUUAACGCACGAGGAUACCGAGGUUCAAGAGUAGUAUAAUUUCAUAUUUUUUUUUUUUUUUUAUAUUAAAUAAAUAGUGUAAGAAACAUUGCGUGUAAUUAAGAACACACGCGCCGAAACGUGAUCGACAAUGCGCCGCCUAUAUUUAUAACAUUUUAUUACAUUACAAUAUUAUAUAAAUUUAUAUUUAUAUAUAUAUAUAUAUCUAUAUAUUUUUUUUUUAAUUUAGAGACAUUUGUUAUCUCCGUCAUUGACAUCGACACUCACCAACACUAAUACUAUUUAAAUAAUAAUGCGUAUAUAUUAGUUAUCUUCGGUCACAUUAUUACUGAACUUUAACAAAUAUAAAUACCGUUAGUAUUCACGUUUUGUAUCCGUGUACAUAGUUAUGUUCCUGUGUACCUGCGCUUGUCAUUGCGGCUACAAAAAAGAUUUAAAAAAAAAAAUAUAAUUGUAUAUCAACAAUUUAAAAUGUUAAUUUAGACAAAUGUCGUUUAAAAUCAACCAACCGAUUCGUCAUUUUAUUUGCUUAGAUAAAUUACCGCCGGAAUAAUAUUUUUCGUUAACAGAACUUCCAUUUCCGUGCAAAAGCUAUUUAAUUGUCUGGAUAUGGGCAAUAAAUAAAAUGAGAUAAUUGAUGAGUCGCUUGGCUGAACGCGCGCAAAAAAAAAAAUUGAAAAAAAAAAACCCUGUGACCCUUUUGUUUAUGUAAAUACGGCACUCCUUUUAUUAUUCAUAUAUAAUUACGAUAAAUAUGUAUAACAAACGUUCCCUUUCUCAUUAUCUAUCGUCUUAACGUUUCCUCUCAACAACUCAUUUAUUCUGCAUUAAAUUUACGCGGAUAAAUAUAAGUACAUAUUUAUAUGUAGAUAUAUAUAACUAUCUUUAUAUUGCAUAACAUUAAAUAUGGAUGUAAGUAUAAUGAUGCAUGUGUGAGAAAGGCGCAAGCGUUUGUGAUUUAAUGAUACGAGUAUAGAUGUACAACUCGAUGUAAUAUAGUAUUUUUUAUAAAAUGUAAUAAACAAAAAAAAAUAAUUAAUAUUAAUAGUAAUGGUAAUAUUAAUUAUGAAUAUAAUAAUAAUGUAAUCGCAAUUGAUAUUAAUCAAACUGUUUGUCUUCGAUUAAUAUAUAGUUUGCGCAACUGAAUCCAAGUGUCGGGAGUCUAUAAAAUAUAUAUAUUAUAUAUGUGUAACAAAAUUAUCAUAUUGACGAAAUUAUAAAUUUUAAAUGAUUUAAGUAUAAAUAUAUAUAUGAUAUUUGUCUGUAAUUUCAUUGAAUUUAACUGCCGUACAACAUGUAAAUAUAUAUAUUAAUAUUAAAUAAAAAUUGACGCUGUGAAAGAUAAUAGCAUUAACAAAAAAAUUUUAAAAGAUUUAAAUUUAAAAUAAACAACUGAUUGGAUCAACAUUACGUCAAUUCAGUUAUUCUGUGAUUUCCGGCUGAUUAUCACGUUACAAAAUUAUCUGUAGAUUUAAUAACCAACAGCGCAUACAUUUUAUAGUAUAUCAAUAAUUAUAAUAAUAAUAUUAAUAUUAAUAAUAGUUACUAAUUACUAAUUAUCAAUCAAUACUUUUAUUGGAUCCACUCAGUGUGGAAAUAGACGUGAAUAAGUUGAUAGCAUAAGAGUAGCAUGUGAAAAUUUUGAGUAAAAAAAUUAUUUAUAUGAUAAGGUAAUAGACCUAAUACCCGAUUAGAGAACUAGUACCUGAUCACUUUCUGUGUUUGUAUAUCUAUAUUUAGUAAAAAUUAGUACAUAUAAAUAUACAAAUACAUGAAGUGAUCGGGUAGUUCUCUUCGUGUACUAGGUCUUUUACUUUAAAAGGAAAAAAAAUGUUAAGUGUCAAAAGAAUUAAUUAAGCGCGGUUCGAUAUGUAUUUAGUGAUACACGCGCCCCUUCUCCGUCCGCACAACGAGAAAUUAUUAACUUUGUAGAAUCAAAAAUGCUUAAAUGUGGUUGUAAUAGUGAACGGUAUUUUCAAAUGUGAAUGAACUUUUUUUUUUUUUUUGUAAUAUUAUUAAUUUAUUAUGGUAAUUAAUAAUAAAAAUUAAUUAUAAGUGUCGGACACUGACAACUAUUAUAAUCUAUAUAAUAAUAAAAUUAAUCUUCCAUUGUUCAUUAUUAAUUUAUCCAUCUAGAUGAGCUGUGUCGUAGCAUUUGAAAACACACACACAAUAUUUAUAUACAUGUGUAUAUAAAUAUACAUUCAGACACAUUCAUGUAUUUUAUUUACGUACUUGUCCUUUUUUAUUGUCACUGUCAAAAACAAUAUUAAUAAUUAAAAAAAAACAUUUCCCUUUUUUUUAUACUUUCAGACGAUGGAAUUUUUAUAUUGAAAUAUAAAUAGAUGAUAAGAGUAACAUUUAUAAGCACCCACGCUUCAAUUUAAGUUGAUUAAGAUAUUUAAAAAAAAAAAAGUUGAUAAAUAAAAUAAAUUGUAAAUGAGUCUCACCAUAAGUCGAUAAGUUCCGUUUUAUCGGCUUUUAAUUAAUUAAAAAAAUAUUAAUUAAUUAAAGUAAAUUCAUCCAUAUUUGCUGAAAUCAAAUAACACAUUUUAUUUAUGCAUCUUUUUUUAUCGUAUGUUUUCAUGAUAAAUUAAUAAAUAAUAAUGAUAAUAAUAAUAAUAAUUGUAAUAAUGUAAGUACACUAGGCAUGAGCUACGUUUGCUGCAGACGUUCUCAAAAUUAAAAAAAAAAAUUAAUAAUUAGGGAUUGAUAGUUUUAUUGACGUAAUUUAUUGUAAAAAAAAUUAUAUCAUUAAAUGAUUUAUAAAUUAUGAAAAAUUAAUUAUAAUAAAUGAUCAUGGCGAUGAUUUAAAAUCUUGGUAAAUUAUAACAAUACUGUAAUUAUAACUUUUUUUGUAAUUAAACCAGCAAGCUAAUUGAUUAAAUAAAAUACAAACCGUUUUUUACACCUUAAUUAC